AUGGGAAAUUUAGAAAAUUCCUGUUUAACAAGAGGAAAUUCAAAUAGCAUUCAAGACAAUCAAGAUAGACUUUCUGAAUAGAAGCGUUCGAAAACUUCAUAAAAAAUAAGAAAUUCUUUUCUUCAUCCAAUUUCAAUUAAAGUAAUAAAAUACUUUGCUAAAAUGUUCGAUUAACAAUUUGAUCCUUUUUCUGCAAAUAUAACAUCACAAAUUAUUUAAUUAUCUAAGCAAAACCAAUGUUUAGAUUUAAGUUUGUGUAGAUAUUUAUUAGUCAGCCAGAAAUAUAAUUUUGAGAAAAUCAACUAAUUACUUAAAGAAAAUGAAGAGUUCAAAAAAACUAUACGGCCUAUAGAGUGUGAACAAUUAAGGCAAGCCAUAUAAAUAAUUGGAAUCGAUUUUAAUUUAGGACUAGUCCUAUGUGUAAAAUUGGAUAAAAUAAACACUUAAUAUGUUUAAUAGUAUUUUAUAUAUUUUCUUGAACAUUUGUUUUAUGAAAUUGCUACUUACAACAAAUUAAAUAAUCAUAUAGUUAUUGUUUAUGAUCUAUAAUAAGAAUCAGCUAAUCCAAUUUUUCUUAAUUUUAUUGCCCACCUAACCUACAAACAUUAUUUUUUAAAUGUAAGAAAACUCAUUUUAAUAAACAUAAGUUUAGAAAAAAUUUCCUCUGAAAUAAUAGGCUUGUUAAGUUAAGGUUCAUAUUCUUACUUAAUAUUACCUCUAUCUGAUAUUACAUAUUUACAAAGACAUGUAAAAAAAUCAGAGCUCUCAAAAGAUUAUGGAGGGAUGUAUUAAAAACCAAGAAAUCCUAUUCCUUUAAAUUAUAAUGAAGUGCUUCAUUUUAAAGUUUGA